AAUAUAGAAAUAAAGAAUUACAAGAUGAGACAAAAUCGUACAAACAAAUAAGUGAAAGCAACUGACAAAUACAAUAAAACCAAUUAAUAGCUACAUGCUUAUGUACUUACGUGGCAUGUGGUUAGCAUGAUUAUGAUUAGUGUUGAAUCAACUGUAGUAUACUGUAAUUGAAUCUCAUCUGCGCAAGUCUUAUUUUCAAUCCCAGCUUCCAAUAGAAAGUUGAAUUUUGUUUUAUAAAAGGAAUAUUUUUGGAAAUUUUACAAAAAAUUAUCAGUUAAUAUCAGGUGAAACGAGAAUACCUUCAGAUUCAAAUAGUUACGAAUGAUUAUGUUGAAUUGAGAAAAUGAAGAUGAAUACUUGUGCAAGUAAUAAAAUAAUUCCUAUGGCGACUAAUGUCGAAGAUUCGUAUCCGGACUCUGACUAGUUUAUAUAAUGCUUCGAAACCAACUCCAUUGCAACCUCUGAAACCAACAUCGGCUAUCGUGAUUACAGGCUAUAUUCCAUCUGAUGCCUUGAGAUUUUCAGUGAAUUUAUUAUGCAAAAUUGCUGGAAAUAUCGCAUUGCACUUUAACGCGCGGUUGGAUAGGGGUUAUGUGGUUCGAAAUUCGAAAUUCAAGGGAUGUUGGGAAGAAGAAGAGACCUGUUCUCCUGUUGGACAUACUGCUUUCCGACGAAACUCCUAUGUUCAUAUCUUGAUAUUUUGCACUGCCAAUGAAUAUCAAGUUGCCGUUAAUGGAGAGCAUUUUUGUGCAUUUGCCUAUAGAAUGCCUCUUGAAGAUGUAAUGUGUCUUGAAAUAAAUGGAUCAUUGGAAGACGUUAGAUUUAAACAAUUUGAAUUGUUCGUUUAUCCUGAUCCAAAAUUAUGCAGACCGAGUAAUAUUUUAAGUCUAAAAAUUGACCGACCGCUCGUUGAAUUUCUUGAUGCUCCAAUUACGGUAGAUAUCGAAAACGAAUUUAAAAUAGGUGCGAGAAUUUUCAUUGCUGGAAGAUUGAAACUUCUCCCUCAUUCGUUUUAUGUAAAUCUACAAAAGGGAAAGGCAGUCUAUCCACAUCCAGUAGUUACAUUGCAUUUAAAUCCCCGCUUUUCGUAUGGCAGUAGCGCACCUUAUGUUGUAAUGAACUGUUGGACAAAUGGGUCUUGGGGACGAGAAGAAAGACACUCGGGUCAUUUGUCCUGGAUGCCCGGUCGCGAUUUUCUUUUGACAAUUCGAUGCGAAAUCGAAGCGUAUACGAUAUGGUUAGGCGAAAAAAUGAUUGGUGAAUUCAAACACAGAUUACAAUCAUCUAUCAUCGAUACUCUUAAAAUAUCCGGAGACGUCGUACUCCAUGAACUAGCUAUGACUUAUUCAAGUUAAAUAAAUAUGUGCAUGGAAAAUUUCUAAUAUUCUUUAUUCUUUGUUUGAAUAAAAUAGCAUUCAUUUAUGCUGCACUUUGUAAA